AUGAACGGCGGCGUCGACCCGGAGCGCGAGCAAGCGCUUGAGGAUUACAAGAACAGCUUGUUGGAGCUACGAGAAUGGGAAGCCAAGCUCAAGGGUCUCCGGAUGGGGAUCAAGGACCUUCAGCAUGAAUUCGAUGUCUCAGAGGACAACAUCAAAGCACUUCAAAGUGUUGGUCAGAUUAUCGGCGAGGUGUUGAAACAGCUGGAUGAAGAACGAUUCAUCGUCAAAGCUUCCUCGGGGCCACGAUAUGUUGUCGGUUGCCGUUCCAAGGUCGACAAAGCGAAGCUGAAGCAAGGCACGCGAGUGGCCUUGGAUAUGACAACAUUGACAAUCAUGCGAAUGCUCCCUCGGGAGGUCGAUCCCUUGGUUUACAACAUGUCAUUGGAGGAUCCCGGGUCGGUGAACUUCGCCGGUAUUGGUGGUUUGAACGACCAGAUCAGAGAACUGCGAGAGGUUAUCGAACUACCGUUGAAGAACCCCGAGCUCUUCCAACGGGUGGGAAUCAAGCCUCCAAAGGGUGUUUUGCUUUACGGCCCUCCAGGCACGGGUAAAACCCUGUUGGCCCGGGCCGUCGCUAGUUCAAUGGAGACGAAUUUCUUGAAGGUCGUUUCUUCUGCGAUUGUUGACAAGUACAUUGGUGAAUCUGCGCGAUUGAUUCGUGAAAUGUUCGGAUACGCCAAGGAACACGAGCCCUGUAUCAUCUUCAUGGACGAGAUCGAUGCGAUUGGUGGGCGACGUUUCUCAGAAGGCACAUCGGCGGAUCGUGAAAUUCAACGUACGCUGAUGGAGUUGCUAAACCAACUGGAUGGUUUCGAUUACCUUGGCAAGACAAAGAUCAUCAUGGCCACGAACCGACCGGAUACUCUCGACCCUGCGCUGCUCCGUGCUGGUCGUCUCGACCGCAAGAUCGAGAUUCCCUUGCCCAAUGAGGUUGGUCGCCUUGAGAUUCUCAAGAUCCACUCAAGUACGGUGCAACUGGAAGGUGAAAUCGAUUUUGAGAGCGUGGUCAAGAUGAGCGAUGGUCUCAACGGUGCCGAUCUGCGCAACGUGGUGACGGAAGCGGGUCUUUUCGCAAUCAAGGAUUAUCGGGAUGCCAUCAACCAGGAUGACUUUAACAAGGCCGUACGCAAGGUGGCUGAAGCCAAGAAGUUGGAGGGUAAGCUUGAGUACCAGAAGCUCUAA